AUGUUCGACAAGAUAUUUCACAAACGUCACCAGGAUGUCUACGCUGACAGUGAGCCCCCUAGGGAGUCAGUUUCCACUGUUGAACGAGAGAAAGGCCCUGGUGAUGUUCUCGACACGCCUAUUCCACUUUUCACGGUACGCUCCUUUGUGAUGGGCAUCUUUGUGUCCAUGGGAGGGUUCCUCUUUGGAUAUGAUACCGGUCAGAUCUCGGGCUUUCUGGAAAUGGAUAAUUUCCUGCAGCGCUAUGGUGAGCCGAGUGGAAAUGGAACCUAUCAUUUCAGUAAUGUUAGAUCCGGUCUUAUUGUUGGCCUGCUAUCUGUCGGUACCUUGAUUGGAGCCUUAGUCGCAGCGCCCAUUGCCGAUCGCGUUGGACGGAAAUGGUCUAUCAGCGGCUGGUGCGUCAUUCUCAUGGUUGGAGUCACUGUUCAGAUAUCAUCGCCAUCUGGAAAAUGGUACCAAAUUGUGAUUGGUCGAUGGGUUACUGGGCUGGGUGUCGGUGCAUUGUCCCUGCUUGUACCGAUGUAUCAAGCUGAGUCUGGACCAAGACAUAUUCGAGGAUCCCUGGUUAGCACGUACCAGCUUUUCAUUACACUCGGCAUCUUCGUUGCCAACUGCAUCAACUUCGGCACUGAAGCUCGCCAGGAUACCGGGUCGUGGCGUAUUCCCUUGGGAGUUACGUAUAUCUGGGCUUUGAUCCUUGGUAUCGGUAUGACGUUCUUCCCCGAAAGUCCUCGAUAUGACUAUCGUCACAACAAGGUCGAGACGGCUUUGAACAAUCUCUCCAAGAUAUAUGGCGUGCCUCGUAAUCAUCGCGCUCUCCAGAUUGAGUUCGACGAAAUCAAGCAAAAAUACGAAGAGGAGGUUCGUAACGGCCAGGUUACCUGGGUACAACUCUUCAAAGCUCCAACUAUGGGAUAUCGGGUUGCUGUCGGUGUUGCCCUUCAAGCUCUCCAGCAGCUGACAGGAGCCAACUACUUCUUCUACUAUGGUACAACAGUGUUCAAGGGAGCGGGAAUUCACAACAGCUAUGUCACACAGAUGAUUCUCGGAGGAGUCAACUUCGGAACUACCUUCCUUGGACUAUAUCUGAUCGAACACUACGGUCGAAGAAGGUCUCUUAUCGCCGGUGCGCUAUGGAUGUUUGUCUGCUUUAUGAUCUUCGCCUCGGUGGGCCACUUCUCUCUCGAUCGAGACCAUCCAGAGAAUACCAAGUCCGCUGGCGUGGCGAUGGUAGUAUUCGCCUGUCUUUUUAUUCUCGGCUUCGCCAGUACUUGGGGCCCUAUGGUAUGGACUAUCGUCGCAGAGUUAUAUCCUUCGCAAUAUCGUGCUCGUGGAAUGUCUCUCGCAACAGCCUCUAAUUGGCUUUGGAACUUUCUUUUGGCCUUUUUUACGCCUUUUAUCACGAGUGCAAUUGAUUUCAGAUACGGCUAUGUCUUUGCAGGCUGUCUUUUCCUUGCGGCGGGUCUUGUCUAUUUUGCUGUUAUCGAGGGUCAAGGCCGGACUCUGGAAGAGAUUGAUACUAUGUAUCUUAUGAAAGUGAAGCCGUGGCAUAGCUCCAAGUUUCAGUUCCCAGCUGACCCAGGUGUCAUUCGUGGGUCUUUCGACAAAGGCGAAGGAGCAGCUGGAGCUUCGUCUCAUAUUCCAGAUCCCACUACUGAGUUGCAGGAAGAUGGACAUGUUGCUCCAGAACCCCGCACGAGUUCUUAA